UGAACCUUGAUUUUUAAUCAUGUACCAUAAUACCAUGAUUAAAAAAAUACCGGGCGAUAUUCUGGAGCCCUCGAGGCGAGAGAGUCAAGGUUACAUAGAAGAUCUAUCGUCGAAAAAGGUGUUUGAGCUUCAAGAAAUACUAGAGCGUCAAAACAAGCUACUAAAAAACAAAAGAUUCAUUUCAAAGCUACCUGACAAGGGCGCAAAGAUCACGAGUUUCCGAGAUAAAGUAGAACAAGAAAUACGAACGAAAAAUGAGCUCGAAAAAGUUGCUAACCUUGUCUCGAGGCUUAAUAUUGCUUCAGAGGGAAAAGCAGCAAUGACAGAGAUUGAAUGGGUAGGCAAAUACGUAGAGAAACCAAAAAUGGAAGAUAAAGUCGUCCAGUUAGAUAGUGAUGAUGAAGAAGAGGAUCCCCUGAAAAUACUUGCACAGCCAACUGGUAGUGGGGUUCACAAGAAAAAGAUUGUGUACUUACCACCAGAAGAAAGUUUGAUCAGGCCUGAAGAUCUUGAGGACAUUGAAGACUUCAAGGGAUUUUCUGGGGAAGUACACAUCGAAUAUAUCAUGGGCAAGGUUGAGGGCCCAAAGAUAGGAGUAGAGUCAGGGCGUAAGAGUUUCAAGCCCUAUAAAACAACAAAAACCGACGUUCAUGAUCCCGAUAAAGAAAUAAAACGGAAGAGGGACAAACACUGGGAAGUUACUGCUGCUACUCCACCUCCUUCGAUACAUGGAACGACCAGACUUCUCAACUUACAGGAUUCUUUGAAACUCCAGAAGGAACAGGCACAAAAGCUUGAGGAGAUUCAAAUCAAAGAAGCAUUCACAAGACUCAGUGAACAGUUGCAUGGUCCUAAGAUUGGUAAUGACAUUCCCUGUUUUGGUGGAGGUUAUCGUGCACAAGAAUCAAGCUCAUCAAAUUCUGAUGUGGAAGGUGAGGAGGACGAGGUGCACGAUGACGAGGACACGGACAAAGGAGGCACUGUGGUUUACACAUUAAAGACAGGUGAAAGUUAGCGUGCUCAGGUUAUGAAUUGAAUAAACGUAUUUUUGGAAA